UUUGCGACCUUGAAGAGUGCGGUCAAUUCCCAAAAGGUUGGUUGCAUGCCCUGCUCAUCUCCAAGACCUCUCACUAACCACAGUCAACAGUGUAUCCGGGCCGGUGGAAAGCACAACGUUAGUAGACAAUACCUGCCUGGCAAGAAAACAACCCCACCCCGGGAAAGCAACUAAUACCCGUACAGGACCUAGACGAUGUCGGGAAGGAUAGUUAUCACCAUGUAGGUUGACCACCCAAGGAAACAAGAGGGCAGGAUAAAACGGAAUAGAACAAAGCUUACAUUGGACAGACCUUCUUUGAAAUGCUCGGGAACUGGAGUUUCGGUGACUAUUUUAAACAGGAAGCAAUUCAGUAUUCCUGGGAGCUUUUGACUAAAGUCUACCAGCUGGAUCCUGAACGUCUUUAUGUUACCUAUUUCGAAGGGUGCAAGGAUGGCGGACUUGAACCGGACCUGGAAGCCAAAGCCCUCUGGAGAUCGGUCGGCGUCCCCGAAGAUCAUAUCCUUCCUGGAAACAUGAAGGACAACUUUUGGGAGAUGGGCGACCAAGGUCCCUGCGGACCUUGUAGUGAAAUCCAUUUUGACAGAAUCGGUGACCGUAACGCCUCUCACCUCGUUAACCAGGACGAUCCCAAUGUCAUUGAAAUCUGGAACAACGUUUUCAUCCAGUACAAUCGCGAAACGGACCGCUCUUUAAAGCCCCUCCCGAAUAAACACGUUGAUACUGGAAUGGGAUACGAACGACUGGUCUCGAUCUUGCAAAACAAAUCGUCAAACUAUGAUACCGAUGUGUUUACGCCUUUGUUCCAGGUCAUCAAGGAAAUAACGGGAGCUCGGGAGUACCAAGGCCGAUUUGGUACCGAAGAUUCUGAUGGAAUCGAUACCGCAUAUCGCGUUGUGGCAGACCAUGUCCGUACUCUGACAUUCGCGAUAUCGGACGGCGUAACUCCAAACAAUGAGGGUCGUGGCUAUGUCAUUCGUCGAGUUCUCCGCAGGGGCGCCCGUUUCGCUCGAAAGUACUUCAAAGUUGAAAUCGGUAACUUCUUUUCAAAAAUUGUUCCAACCAUAGUUCAUCAGCUUGGUGAUAUGUUUCCGGAGUUAAGAACAAAGCAGCAUGAUGUCAUGGAAAUUCUUGACGAGGAGGAGGUCUCUUUUUCGAAAACUUUGGAUCGUGGUGAACGACAGUUUGAAAAUUAUGCUCAACAAGCCGCGGCAAAGGGGGCCCACAAACUUCACGGCGCUGAUGUCUGGAGGUUGUAUGACACUUUUGGAUUCCCCGUUGAUUUGACUCGUAUCAUGGCAGAAGAGCGUGGAUUGCAGAUCGACGACACGGAAUUUGAAGAGGCUCGCUCUAGAGCAAAAGAAGCCAGCAAAGGACAGAAAAAGACCGCGGCAGAUGCUGUCAAACUUGAUGUCCAUGACCUCGGAACCCUGGAAAGAAUGUCCGACGUUUCCAAGACGGACGAUGCUGCCAAAUUUGCCAAGGGCAAUAUCAAUGCCCAAAUAAAGGCAAUUUACCAUGCCAAAUCGUUCCAUUCGUCCACGGAAAGUGUUCCCCACGGGGAGCAACUCGGAAUUAUCCUUGAUCGCACAAAUUUCUAUGCUGAACAAGGUGGUCAGGAAAACGACACCGGCAGAAUUGUUAUUGAUGGACAGUCGGAAUUGGAGGUUGGUGAUGUUCAGCUUUAUGGAGGAUAUGUUCUUCAUACUGGUUUUCUGAAAUACGGCUCUUUUGCUGUUGGCGACUCGGUCCUUUGUGAGUAUGACGAGCUUCGCCGAUGGCCAAUCAGAAACAACCACACUGGGACGCACAUCUUGAAUUUCGCGCUAAAGGAAGUUCUCGGUGAGGGAGUAGAACAGAGGGGUUCUCUUGUUGCCGCCGAAAAGCUCCGUUUUGAUUUCUCCCACAAGUCUGCAGUUACAGAAAAAGAACUGGAGAAGAUCGAAGAACUUUCUACGGAGUACAUAAGGCAAAAUUGUGCCGUUUAUUCACAGGAAGUUCCUCUUGCGACUGCUCGUCAAAUCUCGGGGGUCAGAGCUGUUUUUGGCGAGACGUAUCCUGACCCUGUUCGCGUUGUUUCGGUCGGGGUUGAACUGGACGAGAUACUCAAGAAUGCCAAUGACCCUCGCUGGGAAAAGGUUAGUAUCGAGUUUUGUGGUGGUACCCACGUCCAAAAAACGGGUGACAUCAAGGACCUCAUUAUUUUGGAGGAAAGCGGCAUCGCGAAAGGAAUCCGCAGGAUCAUUGCAGUGACAGGUGAAGAUGCUCACCAUGUCCAGCGUGUUGCCAAUGACUUUGAGCAGCGCCUGAAUCACUUGCAGUCGAUGGCUCUGGGCCCAGCGAAAGAGCAGGAGGCCAAGCAGAUACAAGUUGACCUGAAUCAGCUACUUAUCUCUGCUGUGCAGAAGACCAAGUUUCGGGAGCGGUUCACAAGCAUCAAUAAACAGAUUCUUGACGCACAGAAGGCACAGCAGAAGUUGGAGUCCAAGAAGGCCGUCGAAACGAUAACCGCCUUUUUCCAAGCCCCGGAGAACCAGGACAAGUCAUGGCUUGUUACCGGACUUCCCAUUUCUGCAAAUGCGAAGGCUGUCAGUGAAUCGUUGAACCAUGUCAAGUCGAAGUUGAAAGACAAGACGGUCUAUGUUCUAGCCGCGGAUGGGGACCAGGGCCGUGUCGCUCAUGGUUGCUAUGUCUCAAAGUCAAUGGAUGAUCAAGGCGCUUCUGCCAGUGAGUGGGCCAAUAUUGUUGCCGGCGUGAUCGGUGGCAAGGCUGGAGGAAAGGGGUCUACUUCAAUCGGUAAUGGUGUUCACCCUGACAAGGUUGACGAGGCCAUCAACCUGGCCUCCGACUACCUUCAGAAGUUUAAGCUGUAGGGUUAUGGUAGCUGCCGGCACCAAAGCGGGAAAACAAGCUGAAAUCUUUGUCUUUAUGCAAUUUCAAAUAAGUCUUGCACCUCUCCCCUUUUCUUCUUUUGUAGCCGUCAACGAAAGACCUGGAACAAGC